CGCUGGGCAGCCAAAAAUCAGAAGAACCAUGAAUAAGCUGCUAGUGCUGAUCGUCUCCGUGUUCAUCCUGCUACAGCUGGCGGCGGUUAAUGUCAAUGGCAAUGGCUUCAGCACACAGUAUCGGGGACACACACAACACCCCACACUGGCCGGGCAUUGCUACUACGAGGAGUUGGAUCUGGCUGUUCCACUUAAUGGCGAAAUUCUGCCGAUCAAUCACGAGGACUACUGUGUCAAGGUGCUCUGUGCCGAUGAUUACCUACUGAUGAUCAAACACUGUGAGCCGCAACCAUUUCCGCUUCCUGGAUGCCAACUUUCGUCCGGUAACUAUGCGGUACAAUUCCCCGAAUGUUGUCCGCAGCUAGAGUGUCCCAGUCGUACAUAGUAUUUUGUUAUAUGAUUUUUAAAUAAUUAUAUGUAUGUAUAUAGCUUUGAAAUAUAUUAUUUUUGUAUUGC